AUGAGAAGAACAGAAGACAGGUCCUGCUUCGACCGCUCCCGCCUUCCUGACCGCCAUGAGGCCUCGCUGGUCCCUGGGCACGGUAAGCGGAGACUUAAGGGCGGCGCUGCUCCUAUCCCACGCCCCAAGCGGAGGAAGACAAGAGGUGACGGCCAUAGAAGCCGCCCUUGGGUUUUCUCCUCGCGCGACUUCUCCUCGUGUAAAAGUGCGCGCCAACAACCGCCUCGUCCUGUUAUUUUGGCCAAUAAUGUAUGAAUGUAAUUAUGAUUUCGUCUUGGGGUUUCUUCCAGAGAGGUUUGUGAUCGUCUCGUACAAUAUACUGGGCGUCGAGAACGCCUCUAGGCAUCCGGAUCUUUACCAGCUCGUCGAUCCCAAGAAUUUGGAGUGGGAUCGUCGCAAGAGGCGGAUACGGAAGGAGCUCAGACGGUACGACCCCAGCAUCCUGUGCUUCCAGGCAUGUAUAUUUUGUCUGCUGCUCUGCCUACUUUGAUGUAAACCUUUGGCAUUCAUGAAUAUUUUGACAAAUUUCCCUGCACUAGUUCCAUUUGACUUCUAUAUGAUAACUGGUCCAUUGGAGCUUCAUAUGGACGCUUCUGAUUGCAACUUUUUCCGUAGAAGGAUGGAUUUCACCUCUUGCUCAGAAAACUAAGAAAGCAUGCCCAUUUUCAAACCCUUUGCCAUUUAUUUUCUCCUCUAAAACCCAUGUAGUCCCAUUUUCUGUUGGACGAGUACAGGCUACGUCUUAGGACGAUGGAGACUGUGAUUGGCCUCUGCGCAUCACAAUUUUGUUACUAUUUUAUCGAAGAGAAUGAUAAAUCUUUGAGUUGCUAUCUCACUGAAUUUUCUCCCCCUCACAAAUAGAAUGCUGUGGAUUCCCUCUUUUAGAGGGCUAGAUGAUCAAACGAGAGGACCAUGGACUGUCUAUUAUUAAGAUCUUCAUAUUCAAUGCGGAAAGGUGUUUGAUCACUGGAAUACAGACCUCUGAUUUAUUACAAGCUUCUGUAUGGAUCUAUCUAGCAGCCAUCUUGUCCGAGGGUGCUCCACGAGGACAUACUGGGGGAUUGACCAUGUCAGUUUAAGUGUAUGGGGCUUAUGACUGGAGGGUUUAUACCAGGUUGUUACUCGUGAUGUAUCAUCACAGUGCUUGCAAUUUUAGGAGGCAAGCUUACUAGAGCGGCCGCUACUCAUGCCUUGUUACUGCCGUUUGGUGCUGGCCUCCCCUCUUUCCUAGGGGAAGUCUUGGUUUCUCCUUGUAGUCACAUCCUAUCACUUAUGGGAUUACCAACUCAAGUAUGGAGUUCAAUUCAGCAAACUCCUGCAAGAAUAUUUUAGGCACCUGGAGAAAAGGAGAAGAAUUUUGAUGAAUACAUUUUUCCAAACAUCCUCAGUCUGCAAUUUCUGUAAAUUUCGAAACUAUUCUCACCUACAUAAUUAAUGUCAUUGCCAGGUAGGAACACCAAAACUGAUCUUAAUAGACUAUCUAGGAGGUAUCAAGUUUUUGAUGGUUCAUCCUCCCCAGAAUAAGAAGUGGGCUACCAAUAGGAUGCUAGGACAUUCCCAUGUGAGAAUCGCUUGGAUCUACACUUCCAGUUAGACAUGACAUGAUAUAUAUUUUCAGUUUCUGGACCAAGCAUGAUCUAAGAUGCUACAGGGACCUGAUGAGCCUCCCUUGUUCAUAUUAAGCUCAUUCAUUUUCAAAAAAAGUGGCCACUUGACGGGCACUAUUCACUCAUUUAGCGCAGCCUUCUUUUUCAAUGAAAUGAUUACAGAACUUUCUCACUUUUUCUUCAGAGACACAGCUACUGGUUGUUUUCACUGAUAAUCUCGUAUUAUCAAUGCAAAGUGUGUAUUGAACUUCCCCAGUCUCUGUGCAGUUGGCUCCUGCCAGACGUGCUUUGUGCACCAAUGUUGAAUGUCACUUAGCUGGUGAUACCUGCAAAUGUUUUAUGAAGCCACUCAUACUUGCAAUGAUUUAAUAUGUCCUUUCAUGUAUCCGAGGCAUAGCCCAAGUUUAGUACAUGAGAAAUAAUUGCGGCAAUUAUCAUGUCUGAAUCCAAGAAAACCCUUGACUUUUCGGACUGAAGUUGAUAGUUACGAUCCAAUCUCCUGUAUCUAUUUUUUAUAUAUCAAAAGGUGGCCCCAUGCAACCACUGCCGUCAACUACCCAUGGACGGGUAAUGUAUGGCAAAACUUGUAGUGUUCAAGAUAUGAGUAUGACAAAACUUGUAGAAUUGAGGAAGGGCUCAAAGUCAGAGUCCCUUUCGCAUGUUUGAAGUAGGCUAAUUUAUCAUCUCAGAAAUAAUUUAGAAACAGGUUUAACUUCUCUCAGUCAACUUGAAAUUAUUCCAUCAUAUUUCCUCGCAAUGAAGUCAAGAUUUUUGCACUAUGUCAUAGAAACAAUUGAGACAAGGUGUCCUGCCUAAGAAUAUAACUCUUGGCUAUGAUACCAUGUGAAAGAGUCGGGUUAUCUAACUUUCAAUCAUUUAGUCAUAAGUGGAUUAAAGCUGGAUAUCCUAGUCAAUGUGGAACCAUCCCAACAUAACAUAUUAUUUACUCGUGUUAUGAAGUUAACGUUAAUUGACAGCACCUUGUAGUGAGUAUUGUGAUGAUGAAUUCUCUGUCACCUGAGUCCUUUGGAGGAGUGCAAACGUUAAUUGAAGUGCCUGUAUCGGCCCUGAUAUCCAUAUAAUAUUUGCCAUCCGUACAAACUCGUCUAUGUGCUUUGCCUCCCUGUCUAUUGUCAUUCCAUUUCAAUAGGUCUUUAUUUAAGAACUUCCCUACAGUGACAAAGUGUGAAUUGAAAUGCACGCGCAUUAGGAAGGGAAAAGGGGCAUUUAACUGGGUAGGGAUAGACCAACACUUUACCUCAGAGGUCAAACCCCCGUGCUUUUUAGGAAUGUCUCCAAUGAUUUCAAAAGGUACCCUCUAUUCCCUGGUAAUAGUUCCUUAUUUUUGGGUGUCAUUGUCCAGACGUUGUCCUCCUUUGAAAGAUCGGCUCUCUAACAGUCCAACUGCUCGAUGAUGAUUUCAUCUCCAUUUAAGUAAUCCUGUUAAAAGAUGUUUCUCUUUUCGAGUUUCUAGGGUACAAUAUCUAUCAUGGAUAUUCCACUCUUUCCUGAGAAAUUUUCUUGAUAUGUGCGGCUUUAUUGCGCAUUGAGGAUUUUAUUCUUUAUUAACUUAAAUAACCAUAUUAAUCUGCUAGUCUAAGAAAGUUGUGUUCAAUCUGUGCGAAAAAAAAAUGAUAGUUGAUUAUUCCUUACUUAAUUAGUGGCAAUUUUAUUUUAAAAUCCCUAUGCAUUCUCUCAUUUGAUUUGACUAUUAUUUAGCAACUUGAUUUAUCCUUUACUCCUCAUUCAUGAAUUAUCCUGCAAAAUGACUCAAUAUAGGAGGUUGACCGCUUUGAUGACUUGGCAAGUCUUCUUAAUAAAGAUGGUUACGUGGGUGUUUAUCAGGUAACCAAUAGAACUUCUGCAUUUAGAAUUCUGGAUUCAUUACGAAGCCUACGUUUCCAUUUUUUUAAUUUUCAGGUUCGAACUGGAGAUGCAAGUGACGGUUGUGCAAUGUUCUGGAAGGAAGAACAGUAAGACGUACCAUUCUUUCUGUAAAUUUUCUAAAGUCUUCUGAUAGCGAGUGAUAAACCCCAUUCGAUGAUUUGACAACUGUCUCUGUUUAAGGUUCUGAAUCAGAACAGAUCAAAUGUGGACAUGACUCUCUGCUAUGUAGCCCCUGAGGUUGAUCCUGUUGUUUAAUUUUUACUUGUAUCUCCGGUAAGACGAUUUUUAUUUCAGAAGAUGUACACUUUUUAGCUGAAAUUAAGGUCCCUCGAAUAAGUUUACAUGUGUCCGAAAUGAAUUUAGAUCAAGUCAUUAUCAAUGAUUUCCAAAAUUUUAAGAUGCACUGAGAGCUUUUUAUCCAAUUAUGUGAUACAUGUGAUUAAGAAAAAAAAAAACCUGUUCAUUGAUGUAGAGCUUCGAAAUAGUCAUUUGCUGCCGUGUUUUCAUUUGCCAACUAACCUGACCUGUUCGAAUUUUCUUUUUCACCACAGAUCACGUGUCACAUAGUUAAUCUUAUAAAAAGAAGUAUAUUAUUUUAACAGGGCUUUGAAGAUUAGACUCGUAUUUGUCAGAACGAAUAUCGGAAGAAUUAGCAAUCAAAAUUGGGCCAUACGAAUCGGAGUUUGUUAUUAUGGGAUUUUACUAGCAGGUUACAGAGUAUGGUAUUUUUCUUUGCGUACAUGUGCAUAUGUAACCAUGGCUUGGAAGACUUGCUGUCAAUUUUUCUUGUGUCCGAAAUGUACGAGUAUUUAAAAACUGGCUGGUAAAAAUUUCCCGAGUUGUACAAUGAUCCUUUGUUCUUUCAUUUCUUACAACUGGGAUCUCGAUGCUUACUAUUGUGUAAUCACACAAACUUUGGUGUGAUUUUUUUGUCUAGGAAAUGGAUUAGCCAAUGCGUUCUAUUAAUUUCUUCGGAUACACGUUGAAAAUGUCUUUUAGAUAACUCUCUGUUUUUUUUUUUCUCUUAGAUCUUGAUUUAAUUUAUUUUCUUCCCUACAGUUAUCUGUAAGCAGUGAAUUAUGAAAUUUAGAGUGAUCUUAGUUUACUGGUUUGUGAAAAGUGUAAUUUGAAUGCAGGUUUAAUCUUUUGCAUGAAGAAAAUAUUCAAUUUCAGGAAUUUGGGCUUCGGAAUAAUGUGUCUCAGAUCUGUGUCUUUAAGGUACGUUAUGUGAUCUAUAUACCAUUGAUCUCAUUUUUAUUUUAUUUUUAUUGUUAUUCACUUUUGCAAUUCAGUGCAGUCUUCUAUUCUUGAAGCAAAAUAUUUAAGUGGUUUCCACUCAACAGAAUUUGAUUCUCGUUUUCUUUCCCAGGUGAUAGACACUCACAAAUCGACUAAACCAGCUAGGUAAGAUCACUCGGAUCUGUAUUUCUCCUAUAAAUCUGGGAACAUCUCUCCGAGCAUUCCCCUGUUCAAUCCCAAUAUUAAGGAAAUCCCUGAUGUUGGAUGAAGUUGGAUACAAAGGAAUCCGAUGCCGAUUUAGUGGGGCAAUAAUGCGUGCAUGGAUUCAACAUAGUUAUGAUCUAAUACCCGGGAAGAUCAUCCUUCCCAUUUCCUUUUUCUUUUUUGUCUUGGAGAUGCGCGAGAUCACAACCUGGCCAUGAAGCUGUAACCUUCAUGAACGCAUUUGAGAGUAUCUUGUUCAGUAUUAUUCUCCUUCAGAGGAGAGCGACUAACGACUACGACGAUUAUCUAGGUCCCAAUGUGAUCGAACUCUGCUCGUUGGAAAUAUACACGUCUUAUUCAACCCAAAUCGAGGAGAUGUCAAACUUGGUCAGGUAGUGAGUCCUCUGUUCUCUGGAGAUCUGUGAAAGAUCUCGGAGUACAUUUUUGGAUUAAUCUGUGAGACCUAUCCACAAAAUACUUCCAAUUCUCGUAUAUUCUAGGAGAAAUCGUAUUUGGAGUAAAUGAUAAGAUGUGAUUCAUAACUAUUGCUGGUUUUCCUCUAAUGAUGUAUGGAGGCCUCAGGCACUUGCAUACCUUCAUGUUUGCCUUCUCUGACCAUUUCCUUGUGCCAGUUUAUCUUCAACAUCACUUAUCAUAAUUUGAAAAUAAAUAAAUGUAAUUUUCGUUUUUUUUUCCCUUUCUGCUGUCUCGAAAUAUCUCUGAGUGUUGAUUAUUAUCUCCUCGUCUGAAAUUACCCUACAAGUCUCUGAAACAAAAAUCACCCAGAAAAGCAAAUUCAGUUCCAACCGAGCUCCCCUUCAUGCCCUGUCCAACUCUGGAUUAUAUCUCUUUCAAGGUUUCGUCUUGGACAUUUUGUCAGCCGAUGCAUAUCUGAAUUAGAUAUAGUACAGGGGUAGGGUUGACUUUUGUAUCUUGUGGCAUUGCAGAUGCGACUGUUUCUCGAGAAAGCCCACGAGAUAUCAGAGCAAUGGGGUAACGCCCCAGUGGUAGUUGCCGGUGAUUUGAAUAGUAUGCCUCAGGUGGAACCCAGAAACAUCUUCCCUCCCCCCUGA